UCAUCUUCUUCUUCGUCAGCCUCCCUUCCACCGCCAUAUUGGGCAACUAAAAAAGGAGGGGGGCUCGUGCUUUCGGGGUGUUUUUUUCCCCCCUCAUCCCUUGUCCCGGCUCACUCGCGGCUCCGAGACUCGCGCGGCGGCAAGAGAGGCGAGGCGGUGGUCCACACCCGCCCGGGGAGGAAGAUGUCAAACGUGAGAGUGUCUAACGGGAGCCCGAGCCUGGAGCGGAUGGACGCCAGACAAGCGGAGCACCCCAAGCCUUCCGCCUGCAGAAACCUCUUCGGCCCGGUCAAUCAUGAAGAACUAACCCGGGACUUGGAGAAGCACUGCCGAGAUAUGGAAGAAGCGAGUCAGCGCAAGUGGAAUUUCGACUUUCAGAAUCAUAAGCCCCUGGAGGGCAGAUACGAGUGGCAGGAGGUGGAGAGAGGCAGCUUGCCCGAGUUCUACUACAGGCCCCCGCGCCCCCCCAAGAGCGCCUGCAAGGUGCUGGCGCAGGAGAGCCAGGAUGUCAGCGGGAGCCGCCAGGCGGUGCCUUUAAUUGGGGCUCAGGCAAACUCUGAGGACCGGCAUUUGGUGGACCAAAUGCCCGACUCGUCAGAUAAUCCGGCUGGGUUAGCGGAGCAGUGUCCAGGGAUGAGGAAGCGACCUGCUGCAGAAGAUUCUUCUUCGCAAAACAAAAGGGCCAACAGAACAGAAGAAAAUGUUUCAGACGGUUCCCGGAACGCUGGCUCUGUGGAGCAGACGCCCAAGAAGCCCGGCCUUCGACGCCAGACGUAAACAGCUCCGAACUAAGAAUAUUUCCUUGUUUAUUAGAUACAUCACUGCUUUAUGAAGCAAGGAAGAUAUACAUGAAAAAAUUUAAAUACAUAUCGCUGACUCCAUUGAAUGGACAUCCUGUAUAAGCACUGAGAAAGCAAAAACAAUAACACUAAAAAUUUUAGGCACUCUUAAACCAUCUGCCUCUAAAAGCAUUGGAUGUAGCAUUGCGCAAUUAGGUUUUUCCUUAUUUGCUUCAUUGUACUACCUGUGUAUAUAGUUUUUACCUUUUACUCUGUAGCACAUAAACAUUAGGGAUGGGAGGGCAGGGUGGGGCUGAGGAAUCAGCAUGAGGGUGAAGAACUUGCUUCAAUUUGUAGCAAGGAGAAAAAUAUUUGACUUGCAUAAAGAGAAGCAACCUGGGUGGGGGGAAGGGUUUGAAUUCCUUUCUUUAAAGAUGUAGUGUCCCUUUCGGUAAGAACGGAUCCUUUAUUUUUUAAAAUAAUCAAAAUUUGAAUAAUCGCUACAGAUGGUUGCUAUUUAUUUUUACAUGAAGCUUAUUCUCAUUUGGAAGUUCGGAAGAUUCUGUUAUAUAACAAGAAAUGGCUUAAUUUUUUUUUAAUUGGAAUUUACCAGUUUAUUGUUUAGCAAUAAUUACCCCAGGUAACACUGGGCAAAAAUCUGGGGUGCAUGAUAGGGAAUUCUGAAUUCUUAGAUUUGACUAUCUCAGAUCAUAUUUGCUAAGAAAAAUUCUUAGUUUUCUUUUCACAGUGAACAUAAUCCUAAAUCCUUGGAUAUUUUUAGAAGUCUGUAACUUUAUACAAAUAAUGAAAUAAUUUUUAAUUCAAAGUUUCUCACCCUACUGUUAAUUUGCCCCCAAGGAAAGUUGUUUUUAAAGGAAAAAAGGACACUUGUAGAGUAAGUGAAAUGGAUACUACAUCUUUAAACAGCAUUUCUUCAUUGCCUGUGUAUGAGAAAAACUUGGGAGUGUGCCUGUGUAUAUAACUCUGUAAAGACACUGAAAAUUAUACUAACUUAUUUAUGUUAAAAAGAGAUUUUUUUUUUUAAUCUAGACAAUAUACAAGCCAAAGUGGCAUGUUUUGUGCAUUUGUAAAUGCUGUAUUGGAUAGACUAGCCCCCCCACCCCCUUUGUGGCUAUGCUUAAAAGGUUGCAUACUGAGCCAAGUAUAAUUUUUGUAAUGUGUGAAAAAGAUGCCAAUUAUUGUUACACAUCAAGCAAUCAAUAAAGAAAACUUCCGUAGUUA